AUGUUCCUCUUUCCUUCAUUAUUGCCUGAUCUUGUUGACUCCACCUUCGACUACACCAUCGUUUCCUUCAUCACCGCCCUCCUCCUCCUCUCCCUCUUGUCCCUCUGCUUCAUUUUCUAUCUCCGGUUCAAGUCGCGCACUCUUCACCAUUUACAAAACUUCAAUUCUCUAUGGUCCGUGCGUUGCAUUCUUGUCUUGUUCAUCAUCUUUUGGGCUCUGAGCGAACUCUUUCGCAUACCCUUCUUUCAUCGACGUUUUCUUUUUUAUCUUUUCCAUUACCCUACCCCAUCCAAACAAGCCAACCUUUGCAAAAUACAGUUGGUUCUCUCCUUAGGGUUAUUCGAGCCUGCUUUCCUAAUAACCCUACUCUUCCUCGUUAACGUUUCGAUCAAGAAGAAAACCCCGUACAACAUAUGGGCCAUUCCUUUUGUCCUCGUUACAUGCUUGCCCAUGUUGACGUUACAAAUAAUCUGCGUGUUCUUUGCACCUUUGGAGACAAAAUUACCUGCCAUUUUCACGCAAAGCUCUGUUUUUUCCAAUCACGGUUUCGAUGACAGAACCCAAGUUCUGUGCGCAUACCCUUUGUUGAGUACAGUUGUGUUUGGUGCUUUUGGCAUCGGGUAUUCCCUAUGCUUCUUGUUUUCUUGUUGGAAGGUGGUAUCUUUAGUGAUCAAUAAGGGCUUGAGGAUUCGGAUCUAUGGGCUUGCUUGGACAGUUUUGGUAGCGUUGCAAGUGCAAAUUGUGGGUCUUGUCUUGUCCGUGUUUUGGAGACCUGAUGAGGAAGCCUAUGUUGCUGUGGCACUCCUUGUGUUUAUCGGCACAUUCUUGUGUGCCGCCGUGGGGGAGGGCAUUUUGGUAAUUAAACCAAUUGCUGACUCAUUGGCUGCCGGAGGAGACUGUUUCCGGUGGAGUCCUGUUGGCCAGUCACGGAGGGAGGGAGGUGAUCAAAAUUCGAUGGAAGAAGUACUUGUCUAG